CGCUACCCGCGCGUCCGCGAGCUCUACGCCGCCGCCCGCCGCGUGCUGGGCUACGACCUGCUGGAGCUGAGCCUGCGCGGGCCGCAGGAGGCCCUGGACCGCACGGUGCACUGCCAGCCCGCCGUCUUCGUGGCCUCGCUGGCCGCCGUCGAGAAACUGCACCACCUGCAGCCCGCGGUUAUUGAGAACUGUGUCGCUGCUGCUGGAUUCAGUGUGGGAGAAUUUGCGGCCCUAGUGUUUGCUGGAGCCAUGGAAUUUUCUGAAGGUCUCUAUGCAGUGAAAAUCCGAGCUGAGGCUAUGCAGGAAGCCUCGGAAGCAGUCUCCAGUGGGAUGUUGUCUGUCCUCGGCCAGCCCCAGUCCAAGUUCACCUUCGCCUGUUUGGAAGCCCGGGAGCACUGCAAGACCUUGGGCAUAGAGAACCCUGUGUGUGAGGUGGCCAACUACCUCUUUCCGGACUGCAGGGUGAUUUCAGGACACCUGGAGGCUCUGCAGUUUCUCCAGAAGAACUCUUCUAAGUAUCACUUCAGACGCACGAAGAUGCUGCCAGUCAGCGGAGGGUUCCACACCCGCCUCAUGGAGCCGGCCUUGGAGCCCCUGGCGCAAGUCCUAAAGGCCAUCGACUUGAAGAAGCCCCUGGUUUCCGUGCACUCCAACGUCAACGGGAACAGGUACAUGCAUCCUAAACACAUCCAGAAGCUGCUGGUCCAGCAGGUGGUCUCCCCGGUGAAGUGGGAGCAGACGAUGCACGCCUUGUACGAGAGGAGGAAGGGCACCGAGUUCCCCCAGACUUUUGAGGUGGGACCUGGGAAGCAGCUGGGAGCCAUCCUGAAGAGCUGCAACCUGCAGGCCUGGAAGUCCUACAGCCACGUGGAGGUGCUGGAGGCGGAUGAGGCCCCGGACCAGCACCUGUAGUGUCUCCUGGUGGCCACGGGGUGGGGGUGGGGAGCUGCAGGGAGCCGAGCCAGCCUGUCCUGCCCAGGAAACUGUUCCUGCCACGCCUUCCUGUCCAGCCUCCUCUGGCGAGUGAUAGGGAGGGAUUGUUUGCAAAGAGCUUUGGCGUCACGUAAAGCACUGAAAGUGAGGAUUUCUUUAUGCAGCACAGUCCGUUUCUCCUCAAAUCAUGCCUGGAUGCUGGGAAAGGCAGCAGUGCAAGUUACCCGAAGAGACUGGAGUUCUCACCCUGCCUCCACCAGCCGGCCACGUGGGCCGACCACAGCCCCUCGGGCUCAGGUGGCUCCUCUAAAAUAGGCUGGGACAGCCUGGCCAGCAGGAGCGUUCUAAGGACGAGAAAGUGUGACCAGUGGCCAUGUCCCACCCUGCAUGGCAGGUGCUAUGGGCACACUGGCAUGGCCACCAGGUAGGACAGUGCUGGAAAAGAACGGGCUCCACUGCCCCUGCAGCCACCCACGACCAUAACCUUUGCUCCUUUGUCACUGAAUCCAAAGGACCUGGCUGGCCUUGGCAGCCCUGCCACCCGGUAAUCCCAGGUCAGUUUACUUUCCCAAGAGACAGUACUGAGUGCCUGCUGUGUGCCAGGGACUGGGUAGCUGCUGCCCUGGCAAGAAGAGGGCCCUUUAGUGAGGCAGGAGGGGUACAGGGAGGGCCCAUGAGGGCCCGCCUUUUCCCCCCACCCUAGGCGAAUACUGAGUGCCUCCUGUGUGCCUGUGACUAGUCUGGCACAGGGCAUAUCCUCAGCCUGCUCCACACCAGGGGCACAGCACAGGCACCCUGCCAAUGCCUCUCUUUGCAUUGGUAUGAAAUGAGUAAUUCUGUGCUCCUUGGGUGGUUUUUCAUUGUUCAGCAACAGUGGGCAAACCUUAUUGGGAAUAAACCUCUGCAUUUGUCUUUAAAUGUU